GAGCGCGAGCCAAUCGUCGGUCAGAACGCGGAGUUAAAUGGCGACCGGAAAGAGAGAAACGCGCAGAGUCCAACGCACCAUCGCGUGUACCUAUCGCCGUACGUACGUAUCUCCUUUUUUUUUUUCCUUCUUUUCCCCCUGACUUUCGUAUAUCAUUACGUCAUCGGAGCGGAGAGGCGGGUUUGUCAAUGUCAAGAAUAUCGGACGAGAAUCUGGCGCGUCGCGUCGAAACUGUCGAAGUUGCCUAGUCGAAUCCGAGCUGCGAACGACCGAUGACGUCUCGGCGUUUCGCGUCGUGGUUCCACGCAGUGGUUUGACGCAGUGAGAGUUGAUUCAGCGUAGUGCGAGGUAGUGGUUGAGUUUCCGAGUGACACACGUGCGUCCACAUAUACAUAUGUACACACAAAGACAUUGAUACGAAGGACUCGCCAUAUUGCGCCGCCGGAGUGACGCCGCCGCGCCGCGUCGAACGCACGUGGUCGGCCGUCCACCAGGAGCCUCCUGUAAAACUGAUGAAAAACGAUGUUGCUAAUGUCGCGAGUCUUGCCUGGAGGUACGGAGUCUCACAGCAGUACACAGGGCUGACAUUCAAAGUACUACCACUCGGUAGGCUUAUGUAGUGUUAUGCCUCCUCGGCACCAAUACUCCUGGUUGCAGCGCAAUCGUCUUGGCAAGCAAUUAACGAGCUGCCAUGCUCAAUUCAGAAUAUAUACUUGCCAUCUCAAUUGUUGAUGAAGCCUCAUAGCGUCGAGCAUCAACGUAAGGCAGUUACCUGCUGCGUAGCAUUUAUGUAUCAUAUAUGUCGGAAAGAAACGAAGUCAAGAUGCAGCAGGUGGACACCAUCUCGCAGAACAAUUCUUUAGAUGUGGAGGAGCGAGAAAGGCUGUGUAAUAUACCGAAGACGAGCACACCUGGCAAGGCUUCGACUACGCCAGCGAGUCCUGCAAAGGAACCACCCCCACGUGACGAACCACCUUUGGAACCGGUGAAUGGCGUAGUUCAACCACCGGUUGUUCCACCACCUGAUCGUCCAGGACGUAUCACGAAUCAAUUGCAAUUUUUGCAAAAGGGUGUUUUGAAACCAGUAUGGAAGCAUCAAUUUGCCUGGCCCUUCCAACAACCUGUCGAUGCGAAAAAACUCAAUUUACCAGAUUAUCACAAAAUCAUCAAAAAACCAAUGGACUUGGGCACAAUCAAAAAGCGGUUGGAGAAUUCGUAUUACUGGAGUGGGAAAGAAUGUAUUCAGGAUUUCAAUACUAUGUUCACCAACUGUUAUGUCUACAACAAGCCAGGAGAGGAUGUUGUAGUCAUGGCACAGGCUCUCGAAAAAUUAUUUCUUACAAAGGUUGCACAAAUGCCGAAAGAAGAGGUAGUAUUAGAUCCACCUGUUCCAAAAGGACCCAAAGGCAAAAAAGCUGGAAGAGUUGGUGGACCAGGAGUAGGUGGAGUAACAGGAGGAGGUACAGGAGCAGGUAGAGGACGACCAGCUUCUGGUGCAGCUGCUGUUACUUCUAGUGUACCAAAUAGUUUAACACCUUCUGCUACAUCAGCUGGAACAACAGGCGUUAUACCCAUGCCGCCUCUUGGUACUCAGGCACCAGCUUCGGUACCUGGAAGCACGAAUACAACCACCAUUGCUCCACCGCCAAGUAUGGGCGUUACACCGAUGGCUACUCACAAUUCUUUGCCUCAGCAAGUUGUCCCUCCAACCACGGGUUACCAUGCGCAGCCGGCGAUGGAUCCUCAAACAACUUCUGCUGUGCCUCCACCUCCACAAGUCCCUACAACACCAACUGUAAUGCCUCCAUCACAACCUGCCAAACUUAAAAAGGGAGUUAAAAGAAAAGCUGAUACUACAACUCCUACCGCAAACGCGUUUGAUCCAUUGUAUACACCUAUGGAUUCCAAGAAUGCCAAAAUACCUACGAGAAGGGAAUCUGGCAGGCAAAUUAAGAAGCCAACGAGACAAGCGGAAGACGGCUUAGUGCCAUACCAUCAGGCCAAUAUGCCUCUUAUGGGGGCAAUGGCCCAACAGCCUCCGCAUGCUGGUGUCAAAGGAAAAGAAAAAUUGUCUGAAGCCCUAAAAUCUUGCAAUGAUAUUUUAAAGGAACUUUUCGCUAAAAAACAUUCGCCCUAUGCUUGGCCUUUUUACAAACCUGUUGAUGCAGAACUUCUAGGCCUUCAUGACUAUCAUGAAAUUAUCAAGAAACCUAUGGAUCUUGGUACAGUAAAGUCGAAAAUGGAUAAUCGUCAAUAUAAAACUGCACAUGAAUUUGCGAGUGACGUACGACUUAUAUUUACAAAUUGUUACAAAUAUAAUCCUCCCGAUCAUGAUGUUGUUUCAAUGGCUAGAAAACUUCAAGAUAUAUUUGAGAUGAGGUAUGCUAAAGUUCCCGAUGAACCGAUGGGUAGUAGUAUGGGAACUAUGAAAGGAAGUAGUAGCGGUAGUGGUAGCAGUUCUGGAGGAGAUAGUUCUUCCGAUAGCGAAGAUUCAGUUGAAGAACGUACUCAAAAAUUACUUGAAUUACAACAAGAGUUGAAAGCUAUGCAGGAGCAAAUGAGGAAAUUGGUGGAGGAGAGUGGUAAAAAGAAAAAUAAAAAGAAAAAGCCAGACAAGCCAAAAUCAAAGCCAAUGAGCAAUAAGAAUAGUAGCCUUGUUGCCAGUCAUACUGGUGCCAUGAAAGAACUUAUGAAACCAAGUGGCAUUCCCAACGUGUCCGAUAGUGUUGGUGCUAGUAUAGCUAGUGUUGCAAUGGGUGCAGGCGAUUUAAAAAUGCCUGGUGGCAUAGCUAGCGAUCUUCAUCAUCAAACUACGGCAGUAGGACCUAAUAAAACUCAUGCUGCAGGAAGUUUAGGACAUCAUUUGCCGACAGCAGCGAAUGCUAAGCCAAAAGGUAAAGGUCGGGGACCUGGUAAAGCUGCUACAACUGCAAAUACCGCAACCAAGAGGCCAAAGGCUAACAGCAGAUCUACUGGGAACAAGAAGAAAAAUACUAGCAAUCAACCACCUCCGAUUUCGUUUGAUUCGGAAGAUGAAGAUAGUGCUAAACCAAUGUCUUACGACGAGAAAAGACAGCUCAGUUUGGAUAUUAAUAAACUACCAGGUGAUAAAUUAGGUCGUGUGGUACACAUAAUUCAGUCUCGGGAACCUUCACUGAGGGAUUCAAAUCCAGAUGAAAUCGAAAUUGAUUUCGAGACACUGAAGCCAUCAACGCUUAGAGAACUGGAAAGCUAUGUUGCAUCAUGCCUCAGAAAGAAGCCACAUAAGAAAGUCAGUGGUAAGUCCAAGGAUGAACAAAUGGCUGAAAAGAAACAAGAAUUGGAAAAGAGGUUACAGGACGUAACAGGGCAGUUAGGCAAUGUCAAGAAAACUGCCAAGAAGGAAGAUAGUAGUAAGUCCGUUGAUGUAGUUGGAACUGGUGGUGCCAGUGGACCUUCGCGAUUGUCAGCGUCGAGCAGUAGUAGCAGCGAUAGUGACUCCAGCAGUAGUUCGCUUUCUUCAUCGAGUACUGAUUCGAGCGACAGUGAAGCAGGAAACUCCUCGAAUCGUCCACAUAGAAAGAAAACAAAGAAGAAUCCACCAAGUACAGGACCUUCUGCAACAACUGCUUCUGUCGCAUCGGCACCUACAUUAAAUCAUAGUGGAGCUCUUUUAAUGAAUAAUCAGCCACUGGCGAAUUCUACGGGACCAAUAACAAAGCCGCCUGUUACUCACUCAAGCAAUAUCCCUUCGGAAUCAGGAGGCAAUAAUAAUCAACAGCCUGUCGCAGUGGCUGCUGUUACAACAGGGCAAAGUAUACCUGUCGCGAGUCACGCAUCUAUGCCAGCCCAACCGUCACGACCUACAGCUCUGGCUACGGCCGCUCCUGUAAAAAAACCAACACCAACACCACCACCACCGACAACAUCUAACCCACCAACUCCGUCGGUCUCCGUACCAACUCCACCGCCCAGCGUCACACCUACAAAUACAAAUUCUAUGACAGCUUCGCCAGCUGUAUCUCAACAACCAUCGCAGCAGCCAACGUCCAUUAGUUCCUUUCCAAAUACAUCCGUAUCCACAGACGGAACAAAUUUAAAUCAACAAUCUGACCUUUUACAGCCAUACAAUACUUUAGCUUCAGUGCCUACUACACAAUCUUCCAUGGAUCAAACACUUGCAAUCAAGAAGGAGUCUUCAUUUAUUCAAUCACAGCCCACCUUGGAUCAAACGCUCGCUAUCAAGAAGGAGUCUUCAUUUAUUCAAACAUCUCAUACAAAUAAUACCAAUAACAACACCAAUCUCAAUUUACUACCGGAUGUAAAAUCUAUGAACAUGAUGCCGACGAGUAUGGCUUCUAAUCUGAACUUGGGCAAUAUCAAUAUGACAAAUUUAAAUAUGAAUUUAUCGCAAGGACUGGCGGCACAUAUGUCUAUGCACAAUCAAUUAGAGAAUAUGAUUAAUACUACUGCGCCGUUGACUAAUAUACAGAAUUCGCAUAACGUUACGAUGUCGCAGCAGCAUUCCAACGGAUUUCCAAAUACAAAACGUGGAAAUUCACCGCCCAAUAUGCUGAAUAAUAACAGCAUUCCAGGAUUAAAUAUGGGAAUGAAUAUAGGAGGCAUGAGUUCGAUAUUUGAUCCCCUUCCUAUAGCAUCUAUGCCGAUGCAGAUUUCUCAGAUUCCCAUAAAAAAAGAGGAAAAGCCCUUGCCAAUUUCUCAACCUCAACUGACGCAAAAGCCUAUGGAUGCAGGAGCUUUUUUUGCAGAAAUGAACACCCUAGGAAUGCCACCAAUAGGUAAUCAUUCUAGUACUCAAUUAAUGCCUGAAAAGAAGAUGACUCCACCUGAUUCAAAGAAUCCGGCUGCAAACUUUGCAUCAGCCUUUAAAAAUAAGACUGUAGAACAGAAUGUAAAGAAUGCAUCAUCUUGGUCUUCCUUGGCGCAAGCUUCAAGUCCUCAAUCAGCAGCUGCGGGCAGUAGCAUGAAAAGCGCAGCGCGAGACUCAUUCCAGGCAUUUAAGAAACAAGCUAAAGAAAAGCAGGAUAGGCAAAGAGCCCUAUUAGAGCAACAAGAGAUGCGCAGACAACAGAAGGAACAAGCGGAACGAGAGAGAUUAUUGCGACAGGAGAAUGAAAGAAGACGAGAACGAGAGGAAGAGGAUGCCUUGGAUAAAGUUAGGAAAAAUAUUGGAGAUCAACAAGGCAAUGUUAUGACUGCCACGACAAGAACAGAAGAAGUAAAAGCCAUUACUGAUACAGAUAGCAGUAGUCCAAGUCAUUCAUCCAGUCAGGACAAGUCCGCUGCAGAAAGGGAACGUCUAAGGCAACGGGAGCAAGAGCGCCGACGACGAGAAGCGAUGGCUAGCCAAAUUGACAUGAACAUGCAGAGCGAUUUGAUGGCUGCGUUUGAGGAAUCUUUAUAAUGUUACUAUAUCCUGUUUAUAAUAAACCCACAAAAACUUUGCAGAACUCGGACGUAUGUUUAACGUUGAGCGAUGUUAUAGAAAUCUAAUAAAUGUAACGUCAAUCAAUAUAAACAAAAACAACGCAGACAAUGAAAUCAAUUAAAUAAUAAUGAUGGCGACAUAGACCAUAUGCUAGUUAUCUUAAAAAUGGUAUAAUUGAGUGGUACGGUUGGAACAUUUCAACAGAGAACCCAUUUGGUCGUCAGAAGAUUCAAACAGUUUAUUAAAACUGGGACAAACUAUUGUCUCUAGAACGACAGACACUUAAGUGCGACUAUGUAAUUAGAUAAAUACUUAUAUGAUACUUCGAAAAUGCUACACUGAUAUUGUGUUACAUUUUUCCGGUUUUCAUAAGUUUGUACUUUAUGUAAAUUUGAAAACAACAUAUGAAAAUAAGAGACGUUUGCAUGUGAUAACCGAAUGCGUGCGUAGAUACGAAUGUCGGCUUGAAGAAAAGUAAAAAAAUCGUGUACAUUUAGUUAAGUUUUGUAUUUUUCCACAUUGAGUCAUUAAUCGUUGGUAGGAUUACGUAUACAAGCGUUUCUGCCAAUAAUACAUGUAAUUAUUAACUAUCAUUAAUAAUGCCCUUGCAAAUUUCUUUCUCGAUUAUUCAUAUACGCUCUGUAAACACAGAAAUAUAUAACUAGGCGUAUAUGUGAAUAAUGAUAGAAACAUGUAAAAUAAUGUGAACAUCUUUAAGAACUUGGUGAAUUUAAUAAUGAUCAUCACGGCUGUCCACUUGUGACUUCAAUUGAUCAACUGUUGAUUGAUCAGAAUAUUAACAGCGUAUACUAUUGAUUGCGAUUCAAGAGUUAUUAUGAGCCAGCUGGUCGAAAGUUAUUCAUUAACUCACUUUAGAACAAUGUCGUCAAUUAUUACGAGUAACGAUAAGAUGAUUCUAGAAUUGAAGUAGUUUUGAUCCUACCAACUAUUAGAUCAGACUAUGUACCUAAAUCUCGGUAUACUUUAGGCUCAUGGGAAAGAAAAUCGUGAUGUUGUACGUAUUAGGAAAGAACAUGUUAGAAAAGAAUUAUAUUUAUUCGACUACUAGGAUAUGGUAUUUCACGAUACGAAAAGUUAUUAAAAUAUAAAAAUUUUUUUGGGCAAUUUCGGGUGAAUUUUUCUGUAUAAUUCUGUCUUAAAACCUAUUCGACGUAUCAUGAACGAGCAGACGAAAUAUGUUUGUCGAACUUUUGGGUAUGGCCCAGUUAAUGGAACCGCCCGAACAAGGUACGCGAAUCGAGUAAAUUCUAAAAAAAUAAAAAAAAAUUAAUUCGCCAGAAAAG